GGCAGUUGGCAUCAGUGUCAUUUCUCUUAGCGCGAGACAAGGAGAACAGUGGGGAGGUGAGAAAAACGUACGAGCUGUUCACCUGCUAAACCACCACGCGGAAAAAGUUCAAAAUAGGAAAUAUGAAAACUGACAUCUGACACCAUCAUAAUCCAGUAAGAGCACAAUGCUGACUCUUCCGUUUGAGGAUCCUGUCAUAAUGGACACUCAAUUCGGGGGAAACUUUCCACGGGACUGCGUGGGUGAAAUGAAGGUCAAUAAACAAGAGCCGUUUAAAAAGGAGGAGACGCUCUCCCACGCGAUGGAGGAUGAGGAUUCGGAGAAAGAUGAGGACGAAAGGGAAGACGGACAGGACGAGAACGGUCUGCCUCGGAGGAGAGGGCCUCGGAAAAAGAAAAUGACCAAAGCUCGGGUGGACCGGGUCAAGAUGAGGCGCAUGGAGGCCAACGCAAGGGAGAGGAACCGAAUGCACGGUCUGAACAACGCCCUGGACAGCCUACGCAAAGUGGUGCCCUGCUACUCCAAAACCCAGAAACUGUCGAAAAUCGAAACCCUACGGCUGGCCAAGAACUACAUCUGGGCGCUUUCCGAGAUCCUAAGCACUGGGAAGAGGCCUGACCUCUUGACCUUCGUUCAGACCCUGUGCAAAGGGCUCUCGCAGCCCACCACCAACUUAGUGGCCGGUUGUCUGCAGCUGAACGCCAGGAACUUCAUCACGGAUCAGAUCAACAGCGAGGCGUCUUUCUCUGGUAGGUCACCGUACGACUCAGUGUACACGACCUACCACAGUCCGGGCGUGGUGACGCCCUCUGGACCCUCCGGAGAUGCCGUCAAACCCUUCAGGCCGUUCAACUACUGCAGCUCCUACGAGACUUUCUACGAAAGCGUCUCGCCGGAAUGCGGAAGCCCUCAGUUCGACGGUCCCAUAAGCCCUCCUAUUAACUUUAACGGGAUCUUUUCCCUUAAGCACGAAGAGCCGAUCGAAUACGGCAAGAGCUGCCACUACGGCACGCGCUAUUGCGCGGUCCCGCCGCGCUCCUCCAUCAGCCAGAGCGCGAGAGGCUCGUCGGAUCUUCAUUUCCCAUAUGACAUUCAUCUCCGCGGCCAGUUUUACCCCGUGCAAGACGAAUUAAACACUUUUCAUAAUUAAUGAGAGAAAGUCAAAUGUAAGUGAAAAGGACUGAAAAUGCAAGACUUUCAAUCGCACAUGUAUUAUUUAUAAAGUUUAUCUCUGAUUUGGUUUUUGGGGUGUUUUAUUAUUUAUCAUUUUUGAUUAAAUGGAAUGUGCUUACAGUGUUCCUAAAUGAAUUGUUUUUGUUGAUUUUUAAACUGUUCGACAAAAUGUGUGGUCUGAUGGGAAAAUAAUCCACCAAUAAUAUUGUAUUUUACGCUAAUGAUAUUUAAGUUUUACGUUUGUGUUCAUUUAUGAGUAUUAAUAGAGCUAAAAAUCUGUCAGUAAGGUCUAUUGCCCCAAAAGGCAAAAUUUAAUUAUAAGGUCAUUCAAAUAUUUGCGAUGAAAAUUCAGUAAAAUAUGAGAGCAAUAAUUGCUACGGGUGCUAUGCAAUACAUAGUCUAUAAUUCUCGAUCUGGCCCUUUGUUUAUCCACAUAAAUUUGUCUAAACAAUGUUCACACAAAGUUCAAAAUAUUAUAGUGUUAAUAAGACUUACUAACUCAUCAUUCUGUAAUACAUAAAUGUUUAUUCGUUUAUGAAAAGUAACAAAAAACGAACAACAUGAAUUUUAUUUAUUUCCUUUUAAUCAAACUUUCAUUAUUAAUUACGAAGGUUUCGUGAUGUUUUACACAGGACACUGUUUAUAUGUCGGUAAAUAAAUUGAAUCAACCAUUGCCUCUUAUUAAUAAUAGCCUAAUAAUAAUAAUAAUAAUAAUAAUACAUUCAGAUCAACAGGAAGAGGCAAUUAUUGAAUCAAUUUAUUUUCCUAUAGAAGAUGAUAUAUUUAAAAAAAAAAAAAAAAGGCCUAGGCUAUAGAUGUAAUUCUGAAAAACGAAAUAAUUAUGGUAUAUUAUUAAUUUAUAAUGUUUGUUUCAUUGAUUUCAAUUUGUGUAAUUUAACUUUAAAUGUGGACAAUCGAAUUUUAAGUAUCCUCUUCAUUUCCAAAUAAAUCGCAUUUGUCUAUACGCAUAAUUUUCAGAAUGAUGAUAAAGGAAGAUCACAACACGAUGCUGUAGUUAUGCAACAGAUUGUUUGACAAUUCUGUCUUUUCUCAAAUGUAAAGUCGUCGAUAUAUUGGUGGCAUUGCGUACAAUCUCGGAACAAUCACUGUAAGGAAAUGCAUUUGAAGCAUGUAAAAUCUCUAAUGGAAAGGUCUGUGUGCUGUCUAGUGAACUCAUGUCACGGGAAAACCUGCCUUAAUAUAUUUGUCACGCAUCAUUUAUGCAAUGUCUACAGUGGUGGAUUCGUGCAUUCUGAUUUUUCUCACCAAAAGGGAUUUUUUUGUGUGUGUGCAAAAAUGACUGAAUGAACUGAAACUGGUCUUUGUACACUGUCAAGCUGUUUUGUACAGUAAAAUAAAGUUUAAUUGAAUACA